CACAGCCGCACACCAAACAAGACCGGUAGAGCAUCUGCAAUGGUGCGAUAUCACACCUCACAUUGACAUACACCCGCACUGACAACACGUUCGAGGGUAAUAGUUGGAGGUUUGCAAGCGAACACGAUUGUGGAUUGGCACACUGCGCCAGCUUGGUGGGCAACGCGCGACGUCACCAACGCGCAGGCGGCGGCAGACAUUCACCAGCGUGGCGCGCGGUCCUGAAUAGCGAAGUAUUUGGAGAAGCUGCAGAAGGGCGAUCGAUCGAAGAGGAGCGUCCGCGAUGAAGAUGCCGUCAAUCUACUGCGGGUCCCUGAGGCGCGGCAUGAAUCGUGAUGGCCUGACAGAUCUCGUUCGAGCACAUGCACAAGGUGCGACAAUCGACAGCAGCUUUGUCGUCGUCGAUGUGCUUCUGCGAUCGGCAAGCGAUACCAGGCAUUUUGCUUCAAGGAUCGGAAAAAGACGAAAGGAGUAACAGCAUUGCUGGGUCUGGGACCUCGUCGCAGGUGGGACAGGAGUCCGACAAGGACGUUGCCAUUCUCGAAGAGGCUGCUUUUGUGUCGGGCACUCUCGACAGCCCGAUGUUCAAGAUCCAUCAUCUGGUGUAAGGUGCGACACAACGGUGGUUAGACUUCCAGAAGCAGGCGGAGCAUCAGAAAGGGGGGUUUGCUUACAAUCUCGACGAGAUUCCUCCGGCCGGAGCAUACGAGAACUAAGAUCUGUAUUGGAAGUUAAUGCCGCAUUACCUUGCAGCAACGCAUCUUAGAUUGAACCAUCGCGAUCCAUUGUUGCACAGAGCAUAUGUUUAUUAUCGUAGGGAUCGGUAUACGAAAGAAGAAGGAUUGUUCAGCAGAUCGGAAGAGACGCGUAAGUGUUCUGACAAGAUACGACAUCCAUCUUCCGAUGAAAUUUUGAACUUCAAAGGCGCAAAUAUGUACGAAAUACGGGG